AUGCUGUUCGCCCGAGCCCUGCGCUCCGCCGCCUCCUCCCUGCGCCCGGCGCUCCGCCACCCUCCCCGCCGCCUCCUCCUCUCCUCCUCCUCCUCUCCCCGCGGCCUCCUGCCGCCACCCGGCGCUGCUCCGCCCCUGGCGCGCUCCCUCUGGCAGCUGGGCGGCGGCGGCUGGCGGACGGCGCUGCUCCGUCCGUGGCGGGGCUCGGCCGGCGGCGUGUCCUGCGGCUGCGGCGGACUCCACACCGAGGGGGACAAAGCCUUCGCCCAGUUCCUGACGGAUGAGAUCAAAGAGGAGAAGAAGAUCCAGAAACACAAAUCUCUGCCCAAGGUGUCGGGCGGGUGGGAGCUGGAGGUGCACGGCACGGAGGCCAAGCUGGUGCGGAAGAUCGCCGGAGAGAAGAUAACAGUCACCUUCAACAUCAACAACAGCAUUCCACCCUCAGCUGAUGAUGAACCACAAGAAGGGCAGAAACCUGAUGAGCAGGAGCCUGAGCUUACAUCAACUCCAAACUUUGUUGUGGAGGUGAUAAAGGACGACACGAAACAGACCCUGGUUCUGGACUGCCAUUACCCUGAAGAUGAGAUUGGACACGAGGGAGAGGAGGAAAGUGACAUCUUCACCAUCCGGGAGGUCAGCUUCCAGCCCACAGGAGAAUCGGACUGGAAGGACACCAACUACACCCUCAACACAGACUCCCUGGACUGGGCUCUGUAUGACCACCUGAUGGAUUUCCUGGCUGACAGAGGUGUGGACAAUACCUUUGCUGAUGAGUUAGUAGAGCUCAGCACUGCCCUGGAGCACCAGGAGUACAUCAAGUUCCUUGAAGACCUUAAAAGCUUUGUCAAAUGCCAGUAGGUUAAACUAGGAACCUUCUCUUCAAGUGUGGGCAUCCCACAGCACUGCUCCAGCCAGCAAUACCCAAAUGCAUCCUCACAGCAGGGAUGAAGAGUAAGCAGCUUUGGAUGUGGGGACCCAGGAGUCUCACUUGCAUUUGGGGAUUGGCAUCUAUCUUGCAGACCAGAUCAAGGUCUCUGCUAUCAUGGUUCAGAAUUGCCUCACCCUUCCUGGUGGCUUUUGUACAAAUAUGAAUGUGAAGAAUAAAAUCUGCU